CGUUUUGCAUCAUUACACGGGUAGUAAAUUGUCAUGUGCUAUAGUGCAACUAUGCCCCAGAGACGAACGCGAAAAGUUAGCCAGAACUCGGAUGGGCAAGAAGAAGGCCUGCCAAGCCGGGCGCAAAGACGUCAGAUGCUUCAAAGGAAAAAGGAGUUAUUCAUUCAACAAUUUGAAAAGGAAGCACAAGAACGGCUAAAUGAAAUGGAAUCAAAUCUACAGCAACUGUUGGCGACGGUGGACCGGGCAUUCAAAGUUUUGAUCAUGAAGACCCCACAGUCUAUCUUGAAUACUUUACUAAAGGAUGUAAUCGAUUCAGCCGACAACGAUCAAGUUGGAGAAGUCACAAUUGCAGUCGAGGCACAAUCUCCUGAGAUGCACAAACCUCUCACUAGAAAACCUUCCAAGAGAGGUAAAGUGAGUGAGCCAUCGACACUGAAGGCCACACAAAGCAAGAGGGCAGCAGGUCCUGAGAAAAGGAGCAAGGCCAUGUCCAUGGACGCCAAAGAUGGAAAACCCCUGAGGUGUGCUACCACUGUAAGUGCAAAACGAACUCAGUCCCGUUUUGCCAGUGUUGGCGACAUGUCUCGGCCUGGACCUAAAGCCAGGCCUAUUUCACGAUCAGUCGGCGACGACGAUGAUAUGUCAAGCAAAGUUCUUCCCAACUGUGUAGCAGUUAUCACAACUGCCCAGGGAGAGACCCUUUUGCUAAGUGAAGAAAAUAAAGAUGCGUUUAACUGUGCAAAGGUGGACGAUGUAGCACUUCUCCAUAUGGAGAAACUACGGGAUUUAAUGGACCACUUUUGCAACAAAGUGAAGAGUACAAUAUAAUUGCCAAUAUCAUUUUUUGUUUUUAAAGUUUGUCCUUUUGAAUGUAACCAGAUUGAAAAUAAAGUAAUGUUUUAUAAUGCUA